ACAGCAGCAUCUCACUUCACCACUACUACGAAGAGCAAUCCUAUCCAGCCAGCUCCGCCCGAGUUGGAGGUGAGAACAUCGGGUCCAUCGUCGUGCCAAGGCGGCCAGCGCUUCGCCGUCGUCUUGCAUCGACCAACUGGAAUCCUCUCCUUACAAACUUCCUGCCACACCCCGUCGGCGCGACGACCACUGACACACGAUCCGCCACACGCACGCACUCCCAGCGCUACCGUCCCAGCACAGCACAGCACCCGGCGUGCUGCAGUCGCGCGCCUUGGGACAGUGCAGCUCUCUGCGAGCCACCGAGUAGAGCGGUGCCGAGCGCGGGACAAAGGACAGCGACGACGCCCACCCACCACCGCCGACAUCACUUCUCCGCCCGCACCGGCCAGCACGACGUCCGCGGUCCAUCGUCGCCGUCGUAGCCCACUACCGCUGCUGGGAACCCGUUCGACGUCGGUGCAUCUCUCGAGAUUCUUCCUCCUUGCCCCAUCUGCGUCGGCCCCAUCGCCUGCCACCGCCCGACGCAGCAAAGCAAAGCACCCUACGCUUGCUUGCCGUACCGAGUCCAUCGAAUUUGCUGUCGCCAGCACCGCAAUCGCCUCAUCCCUCGCGUGUCCCAUCUCGAUCAAACUGGCCUCCGGUCCCGUGGAGUGGCUGGCGCGACGCAAACAUGCGUGAGGUCAACUUCAGCAUCCCCAACGCAAACAAGGCGUCAGUCGGCAUCACGACCGCCCUCUAUGACCGCCGUGCGUUGGACUGUACUUCGACACUACCGCUCAUCAAUUCGCUCAACAAUCUCGCAUACCUGACCACCUCCUCGGGCCGCAUCCGGGACAUUCUCACCGUCGAUGGCGGUAUCGAGCGCCUAGUAUGCAUUCUCAAAGAAGGGCGGAGUAAGGACAUGAUGGAGAUGUGGAAGUGGAAUCUGGCCUUUCAGUGCAUCGUGAACAUUGGUGUGAGGGGGUCGGAAGCAGUGCGGACACGAGUGGUAGAAGCCGACGUGGUUCCUGUAAUCGCGACUAUUCUGGACAAUUACUUCCAAGUCGUGGAGAAGAGCAGGGAACGAAUGGAGUUGGAAAACCGGAAGAAGUGCCCAUUUGGCUCAUCUCGAAGCUUUUCCAGGUCCUCUAAUAGAACAGAUACCCAGGACCAGCGGAGUGGCAGGAGUCGACGCCAUGCGCCUCCGCCCAUUUCCAUCCCGGAGCCCGGUGAAUCCCCUGAGGAAGAGCAGAGCGGCGAAAUCACGCCUACUGUACACACCGCGAACCUAUCUCUGAGCUCGCCUCCGGAACGAACUACCUUUUCGCGUCAGAACCCUCGAACUACUGGUGGGCGGGUACAAUUCACUUCGCCGACUGCAACCAGCCGACAACCAGAGCCUCCCAUGUCCUCUCUAACACUACAGAGUAACGCCUUCGUGCGGCCUGUGCGCGACGCCGAUCGGCUACCCUCGAUGAUGCCAACCUUGCAUGCGGAGCUGAGCUCGCAGCCGCAAUCCCCCACCACUCCUGGCGCUCCUGUUCAACAAGCAGAGAGCAGUCGGCCUCGGCGAAGACCUUCGAUUCGUCACCAGCUCUCCAUCUCCGGGUCAGACGACGAUGGCCAGAUCGAAGAGGCCGCAGAAGAGCAAUCUACUGGAGUCGAGUCAGAACCAAUGGUGGGUAUAACUGGCACGGAUAUCGCCAUGGAGGACAUCAGAGCAGACAUUGAGACACAAAACAACGGUGUUGCUCUGACCGCGUUACCGGAUGUGCGGAACCUCGACGACGAGAGCUUCCAUCUCCAGCAGCCAUCGAACGACGGCAGUCACACGGCUACGCCAACCCAAGGGCAAGCCACUGUUGUACAGACACAACUUCCAGCCACUGGCCCAGUUCACGCCACCCCGCCAACCCUGCAACAACCACCGACGUGGUACCCGCAAAGAGGAUUGCCGCUUGAUCGACCAGCGCCGGCGAGCAUCUUGGCCGCCAUGCCUCGCGACGAGGACGUACUCAUGUCACUGCAGCUGCUUGCGUACGUCUCGAAAUACUGCAACCUUCGAUCAUACUUCCAGCAAUCACAUCUUGUACCACGACUGAAGAUCGACCGCGAGCUGAAAAUGCUGGAUCCGGACUAUAAUCCGGCCUCGCACUCGCUUCCGACACAGGAAGAGCUUGACGAGGAGUGGGACAACGAGUUCGUCAAAAAGGAUGAUGAGAAGCCGUACAACAUAUUCCCAUUGAUUGAAAAGUUCACCGCAAAAUCCUCCUCUCGGCACGCGCAGAACCCUCCUUCGCCGCAACAGGGAGACAUGCAAUACUGGGCCGGGGUAGUGAUGCGGAAUCUGUGCCGGAAGGAUGACAGCAGAGGCGGCAUCAGACAGUGCGCAUACUGGCAAUGCGGCAAAUGGGAAGAAUUUACCCGCCAAUUCGCAAAAUGUCGGAGGUGCAGGCGGACCAAAUACUGCAGCAAAGAGUGCCAGAAGGGUGCCUGGGGUAGCCACCGCUUCUGGUGCGUCGCAGCUGAAGACAACCGAGAAGGAGAGGCGGGCGCCAGCGGAGAGCAUAGGCACCGCUCUCACCGUCAUCACCAUCACCAGAGUGGACACUGAAGGGCUGAAGCGUCCAAACACAACUAAUGCUCACGUUAUGUGAGUCCCGCCCUUGGAUUGAGCGUUCCUCUUCAUUGUCAUUUACGAAAGCAUUGCAUUGCAUGGCAUGGCAUGGCGCUGGCAAAGGCGUUCGAGCACAUUUUGUCACCAACUGAGGUCGUUGAUGAUUUGCGACCUCCACGAAACUGAUCUAAAUUAUACCAUCGAAGACAUGACAGCGAAUUGCUUCUGCCGCAUAUCAUCAUGCCUCGGGUCACGACAUAGGAGCAUUGGAGCCCUUUAAUUGGAAAGAGCUUCGUUAUUGGAUCAUGAUACCAUUAUGAGCAAAUCUGCUUAUUUGCUUUGUUGUUUUUUUUUUUUUAUACGGAAUGGGAUGGGAUGGGGCGAAUUGGCAUAGGUACAGUGAUCCUACUGCUGAAUGAGAAGAUUCAAGGAAUGUCCGACAUUGUGCGUGGUGCAUGACGAGUACCUGUAGCUAGGUGGAGC